ACUUAACAUUCGCUCCUGAACAUUAAGAGAUACAAGUUUCAUCUUUUGAAUUAAAAAAUAACGAUGUUGGCAAAAAUAUUUUUGGUCGUUUUCCUGGCGACUGGUGUCAUGUCAUUCCUUAAGGAUGACCAUGAAAACGAACUUGUCAACUCAGCUCUUGGGACUGGAACGGUAUUAUUAAAAGAAGCUUCAAAGUACAUAACAGAUGAUGCGGAUAGAUACUCCUUGGACUUGAACGCUUUGUACAAAAAAUAUGAAAUCGCAUCAAAGACUGAGCAAGCAAGAAACUUUCUCCAUGCUCAGAUAAAAAGAAGUUUCGACCUAACUAAUGAAUACGUAAAGAAAGUUGAUAUUGAAGGCGAAGAACAAUUGAAGAAGAGUAUUGAUAUAAUCAAAAAGGAAGACCCCGUGUUAGCAGAAAAAUUAACUAAAUUUUACGAUAAGUCUUGUGACUUAGACAGAAUAACUGAAGAUAUUAUCAAAUACAUAUUGGACGCAGAUAAAGUUAGCGGCGCAGUUGACAAGGCCAAGGCUGCACUCCGUCCAGUAGAACACAAAUUGGCUGAAUCAAUCAAAAAAUUCGAGACCAUUGUUCUUGAACAUCUGCCAAAAAAAGGAAAGAAAUAGAGAUAUUUCAACAAAAAUUUUAAAUUUCAACAACUAUUGAAUAAUUUAAUACCCAACUUAUUUUUAAUACU